CUAUCAAGAAAUGAAGGCUAGGACGUCAUGUGUUGGACUGAAAAAUCUGCUCCAAGGCUGAGCUUCAGUGUCAAAUACUACUCUAAGCACAACCAUCUUCAGACAAUACGUCUUUCUAGUAAAAUAAAACCAAAAAAAUGCUACAUCCUGGACUGUUCAGGAAGUACAUAUACAUGCAGGACUGCACCACCUGGAAGCAUCCUGCCAUGGAGAUUCUUUUCCUGCAAGGAAGGAACAAAAAUCCCUUCCAAAAGGAAGCAAAAUACAUCCAUAAUAACAUCAGAGCUUUUGUACAAGAAUCUUGUGAAAUCAGAGCAGGAAAACUGGAAUGACAUUUCAGCAAGAUACGAAGCUAUGACAAAAAGAAUCAAAGCAAAAUUAGAAGAAUUGCACAACAGAUAUACCUUCAAUUCAGGAAGCCCAAGGAUCAAGUUUGGAGAGAACGUGUACUUUGAAGAGAAUGGCUGUAUAUUUCUUUCAAAAGCAGAUGAUGAUGAAGGAAAUGUUGACAUUUUAUUCAGUACUGAAGAUCUUGGUUUUUCUGAUGCUUUUAUUCAACGGAUCAGAAUUUCACCAGAUCAGAGAUACAUGGCUAUCAGCGUAAAAAGUGAAAAUUCUGAAGAGGCAACCUGUGUUAUUAUGAAACUUGGUCAUUUUCCCAUAAUGGAAAAAGUAAUUCCAAAUGUAUUUAGUUUUGAAUGGGCUACAAAUGAUGUUCUGUAUUAUACAAGUCAGAAGAACCUUAAAUGCCAGAAUGUGUUUAUGACCACUUUCACUAAUCAGAAACAUACAAAGUUAGUUUAUACAGAACAAGAUGCAAGAUUCUUUGUGGAUAUAUAUUGUACAAAAGACAGGCGUUUUCUCACUAUCAACAGCAACAGCAAGACAACCUCAGAAGUUUGGCUGAUUGACUGUAGACAACCUUUUAAGUUACCUGCUCUUGUACAAGCACGAACAAAAGGGGUCAUUUACCACAUUGAGCACAGAAAUGACGAGUUAUAUAUUCUUACUACAUAUGGAGAACCUGCAGAAUAUAAGUUGAUGAAGGCACCAGUAGCUUCCAGUGGCUUGGAGAACUGGCAGUUAGUUUAUGCACUGGAAGAGAAAACCAAGCUAGUAGACUUGGAGAUGUUCAGUGAUCACUCUGUUAUGUUCCUGAAGAAGGCUGGUUGUCUUUAUUUAAAUGUGAUUUCUUUUGUUUCACAUUCCGUUCAUUCAGUAAAGCUACCUACAUGGGCCUGUGAAUUUGAAUUGGAAUCUCAUCCUGAACAUACCACCAGCACUUGCUAUUUUCAGCUCACCUCCCCAGUACACCCCCCUAAGCGUUUUGCAUAUUCAUUUAAAGAAAAUAAUCUCAUUGAGCAAGUUGUGCAAGAGGUACCAAUUAUUACGAAUUGUCACACUACACGUUUACUAGCUAAAAGCAAGGAUGAAACUUUGGUGCCAAUUACAGUUUUUCAUAAUAUGAAUUCUAAAGAGCUACACAGGAAACCACUUCUAGUUCAUGUAUAUGGAGCUUAUGGCAUAGAUUUGAACAUGAGCUUUAAAGAAGAGAAGCUGAUGUUAAUUGAAGAGGGUUGGAUAUUAGCAUAUUGCCAUGUUAGGGGCGGAGGAGAGCUCGGCCUUAGCUGGCACAAAGAUGGAUGUCAGCAUAAUAAACUCAAAGGUCUCUAUGACCUUAAGGCUUGCAUCGUGCUGUUGCACGAACUAGGAUUUUCUCAGCCAAGAUACACAGCACUAGCAGCUGCCAGUGCUGGAGGAGUUCUUGCAGGAGCCCUGUGCAACUCUGAUCCAGAACUUAUCAGAGCCAUGGUUUUACAGGCUCCUUUUGUAGAUGUUCUAAAUAUAAUGAUGAAAACUCAUCUGCCACUGACAAUUGAAGAACAGGAAGAAUGGGGAAAUCCAUUAGCAGAUGAAAAAUAUAUGAAGUACAUCAAAAGCUAUUGUCCAUACCAGAAUAUUAAGUCGCAGUGUUAUCCUUCAGUUUUUAUCACGGCAUAUGAAAAUGAUCAACGGAUACCACUAACAGGAGUUCUACGAUAUGUUCAGAAACUUAGGAAGGCUGCACUAGAUCAUGCCAGGAGAACAAAUAAGAAAGGAAACUGCAUCCCUAACAUCAUCUUAGACAUCCAGGCAAAUGGCAGUCAUUGUAUUUCAUCUUGGGAGGAUUCACUGAAUGAG